AUGUUCCCUAAUAUUAACCAACAAUAUGUGGGGAUGCUCCAGCUGCUUUUGCUUUUCACAUGGACUUGGAUUGGUGUCAUUUUUAUCGAGGAUGACAAUGGCCUGAGGUUUGUACAGAAGGAACUUCCCAAGUUUUCCCAAGAGGGUAUCUGCUUUGAUUUCAUAGAACCAUUGCCACCUCUAUAUUUUAAAACUGGCAUUCAUGAAAUGCUAGAGUCAUGGGUCAAAUUGUACCUCUUGAUAAGCAACAGCAAAGUCAGCGUUGUGGUCUUGCAUGGGGAAAUUCAUACGAUGAUCGUUUUGAGAAUGUUUCCCAGAAUUCCAGAACUUGAAGACAUUCCUAGGAACACAAAUGGUAAACUCUGGAUGAUGACAGCCCAAAUGGAGUUCACCUCUAUUCCUUUUCAACGAUUUUGGGACAUAGAUAUCGUUCAUGGUUCCUUAUCCUUUGCAACUCAGUCAAAGGAGCUGGUAGGUUUCCAUAAUUUUCUUCGCAUGCGAAACCCUUAUGUGGAAACUGGAGAUGGUUUUAUUAAGGACUUUUGGAGACAGGCAUUUGAUUGUUCCUUCUCAACUUCCUUGGAAGAGGACAAUGUUUGUAAUUGCUGCACUGGGAAGGAGAAACUGGAGGCUCUUCCUAGGUCUGUUUUUGAGAUGAGCAUAUCUUCCCAUAGCUAUAGUAUCUACAAUGCAGCUUAUGCUGUGGCCCAUGCAUUGAAAUCCAUGAGGUCAUCAAUACUGAAAGGCAGAAUUAUGUCAGAGGAAGGACGUAAGAAUCUUCUGAAUCCAUUACUUUGGCAGUUCCACCGCUUUCUAAGAAAAGUCUCAUUUAACAACAGUGUUGGGGAAAUGAUUUCCUUUGAUCAAAAUGGAAACCUGGAAGCAGGAUUUGAUAUUAUCAACUGGAUCACGUUCCCAAAUCUAAGUGUACAUCGAGUCAAAGUGGGUAGAUUUGAUCUCAGAGCCCCCAAAGACCAAGUGUUCAGUGUUUCUGUGGAUGCCAUUAGGUGGCCAAAGACAUUUAACCAGGCUCAGCCUCUGUCUUUGUGCAAUGAACCCUGCCAUAAAGGUCACAGCAAGAGCAAGAAGGAAGGGGAGCCUUUUUGCUGUUACGAUUGCUUUCCAUGCCCAAAAGGAAAAGUUUCAGACCAAAUGGAUAUGGAUUUUUGCUACCAGUGUCCAGGAGAUCAUUAUCCCAGCAAAGCCCAGGAUCAGUGCAUCCCAAGAGAGAUCAGCUUCCUAUCUUUCCAGGAACCUUUGGGGAUCACUUUGACUACUUUUGCUCUUUUAUUUUCCUCCAUCACAGCCCUGGUCCUCAUAGUUUUCGUUCAGCACAAGGAUACUGCCAUUGUCAAGGCCAACAACCGGGGCCUCAGCUACACCCUCCUGGCCUCCCUGCUGCUUUCCUUUCUCUGCCCUUUGCUUUUCAUUGGUCGGCCUCAGAGGGCAACCUGUCUCCUUCGCCAAACUGCUUUUGGCAUCAUCUUCUCUGUGGCGGUUUCUUGCGUGGUGGCCAAAACCCUCACUGUGGUCCUAGCUUUCAUGGCCACCAAGCCCGGCUCUCAGAUGAGGUCAUGGGCAGGAAAAAGAUUGACCUUCUUUUUGGUGCCUUCUUGCUCCCUCAUUCAAACCACUCUUUGUAUUGUGUGGCUGGUGAGCUCUGCUCCCUUCACAGAUCUUGACAUGCACUCUCUGCCUACAGAAAUAAUCCUGAAGUGCAACGAAGGCUCUGCUGCCAUGUUUUAUUGCAUGCUGGGUUUCAUUGGUCUCUUGGCCAAGAUCAGCUUUACAGUGGCUUUUCUUGGAAGGAACCUCCCAGACAGUUUCAAUGAAGCCAAAUUUAUCACCCUCAGCAUGCUUCUCUUUUGCAGUGUCUGGAUCUCUUUUGUUCCAGCCUACCAGAGCACCAAAGGGAAAUACAUGGUGGCUGUGGAGAUCUUCUCCAUUUUAGCCUCAAGUGCUGGAUUAUUGGUCCUUAUUUUCUCCCCCAAAGUUUACAUCAUCUUGAUAAGACCUGAGCUGAAUAACAGGCAGCAACUCAUUAGAAAAAACCCUCAUAAACUGAGUUAA